AUGUUGACCCGACUGACCCUGCUCGCCGCCCUGGCGGCCGUCGCUUUUGGUCGUGAGAAGAUUGUGAUUUCCCAGACGUCGUUUACCAUUGACAAGGAUUCCAACGCCACGGUCAACUUGCGCCUGGUCGAGCCCAUCAUCUGUCCCCCUGACCAUGAGGGUUCUUGCACCGUUGCCGUCCAAUUUACCAACCCCGACACCAACCGCUUCUCCGUGAGCCCCUGCGUUGUCGAAUGGACCCAGGAAGAGUGGAACCAAGUCAAGCUCGUCCGAAUUUGGGCUCUCGAGAACUUUGUCGACGAACCCGGACUCAGCGAGACGUUCAAGACCGAGCCUGCGGUUUCCAACUCUGUCUUUUACAAGGGAUUCAACGCCAAGGAUGUGACUGUCACGACCCGCGCCCGCCCCUCGGGCCACUGCUCCGGUACCGGUGACCCGCAUUACACCACCUUCGAUGGCAAGUACUGGCACGUCUACGCCGCCGGCACUUAUGUCUUUUACGCCAACCGCAACUAUGCCAACCCGCGUCAGGACUUUGAAGUUCAGGUCGCUGCCCUUGGCUACCCGGCCGUGCACUGCGGCUUUGCGGCCAAGGAAGGCAACGACAUCUUUUACGUGUCUGCCUGCUCGGGCCGAAUCACCUACCAGCUCAUUUGCGGUUCCAAGGAGUGCCAAAAGGGGCCCUACCCCAUGGUCGGCACCAACGGCGGUCGUGCUGGUACCUAUUCCGUCACCUUCAAGUCGGGUCGCCGCGUUUGGGCCACCGUCUCGGGUCGCUCCGCCAACAUGUAUGCCACCGCUCCCGGUCGCGACUACCAAUCCAACACGGUCGGCAUCUGUGGAAACUUCAACGGCAACUCGGGCGAUGAUGCUCCCGUGUACAUGGCAAGCAACCUCAACCAACUCAAGCCGGAACAGCGCCCCUCCCGCGAUCUCUUCAACUGGCGCCCCUCAUCCAUCUGGGAUUAUGAAGAGGGACCUUCCGUCGAGACUUGCGCCUACACUCCCACUGAAUUUGUGCGCCCUCUGCUCUCCAGCCCCGAUGUGGAGGACGUGACCGAUCUCCUCAAGAACGUUCGUGUCGUCUCGGAUGAUGACGUUGAGUUCAAUCUUGACCUCGAUGACUUUGUCUCGGCCAAUGAGACAAUGGAUGAAACUACCGCUCGCCAGCUUUGCCAGGCUGCCUUUGACGCCAGCCCCGCUGCCACUGCUUGUGACAACCUCCUUGGUUCCCUCCUCAAUGUCCCCGUCUUUGUCGACGGUUGCGUCGAGGAUCUUUCCCUGACCGCUGAUGAGACAUUUAUCGAUGACGCCAUUGACCAAAUGUCCGCCCGCUGCGCUAGCCUCGCCGAGUCCAACACGUCCACCUGGGAGACGGACAACCAAGGUAACCGCGUCCCCAACACCGAAGUGGCCGACGCUCUGUGCCCCAACAGCUGCAGCGGCAACGGUGCUUGCAACAACGCCAAGUGCGUCUGCGACUCUGGUUUCUCUGGCCGCGACUGCUCGGUCGACAAGUCGUCCGCGCCCGUCAUCACCUCGCUCUCCGCCACGACCUGCAACAUCAAGGCGGCCGCGUCCUGUGCCUCGGAUAUUUCCGUUUUCGGCAGCAACUUUUGGAACGCCGAAAACCUCACCUGCCGCUACAAGGUGAUCGCGAGCCCCGCAGUUGCGUCCGACAGCGUGCUUAUGGUCGGCGAGUCCGCCUCGCGCAGCGCAUUCUUUCUCGGCUCGAGUGAAGUGAUUUGCCAGCUUCCCGAUCGCGCCGUAUUCGUGCCCGCCGGCCUGCAGGGUGACCUCGUGACCAUUGAGAUCUCCGUGAGCACCACCGACUCGAUCGUCAGCGAAGCCAGUCUUCCCUUUACGUUCUACGACGGCGUGUGCUCCGCCUGUGCCAAUGCCACGACUUGCGCCCCGAAUCCCGACUCGUGCAGCAUUGAUGGCGUCUGCGUCUUGGAGGGUACCCACGAAGCCAGCAACGUCUGCCGCGUUUGCGUGCCCGAGCAAAGCACCACCAGCUGGUCAUACGACUACACCCAUGCCGCCGAUUGUGGUCCCGACUUUAAGCAAGACUCGUACUCGACUACCCUCUCGGGCUCGUACGAGGCUGGUGACACCAUCUUCACGUUUGAUGCUGACAACGCCAACCUGCAGGAUGAUCCCAACUACAACCUCGAGUUCACCAUGACUGCCGGUAACCGCACCACCUUUGCCGUUACCACUGAUGGCCGUGUCGUAGCCAACAUUGCUUUUGAUGUGAACGAGCUCCCCUACGAAUUUCAUAACCUCGUUGGUGUGCAAGCCGUCCUGAACGGCCAGCAUCCCACGCCUUGCACUGUCGUCUUUGACAUUGUCUCUUCCAACCGCGCCCCCAUCCUGAACGAAACCUACACCUUCAACGUGACCGAGGACACUCCCGUCGGUACCGUCGUCGGCACCAUCAUGGCCUACGACCCCGAUGAGGCCGGUUCUCUUCAGUACGAGUGGUAUUCGCAGGUCGCGGGUGAGGCUGGCGUGCUCCUCAUUGACGAGUCGACCGGUGUCAUCACCGUGGGCAAGGCCCUUGACUACGAGCGUGUCAGCUCUUACCUUCUCCUCGUAAGCGUGCGUGACGGUGGUCUGCAACACAUGGCCUCGGUCCACGUUUUCGUCGGUGACGUGAACGAAGCUCCCACUGAUGUGGCCAUCUCCAACAAUGUCGUUGCUGAGAACCAGCCCGUCGGCACUGUCGUGGCCAACCUCACUGCCCAGGACCAGGAUGCCGGUGACUCCCACACCUUUUCGGUGGGUGGUACCGAUGCCGCUUACUUCCAGGUGGUUGGCGCGACCCUUCAGACGGCCCAGGAGCUUGACUACGAAGCUCUGCAUGCGGCUGGCAAGAACCCUCUGGCCAUCACGAUCACCGCCACCGAUGCCGGGGGUCUCACUUUGACCAAGGCCUUUGACAUCACCGUCCAGGACGUCAACGAGGCCCCUUACAACAUUCAGCUGUCUCAGACCGAGUUUUUGGAGAACCUCACCAACGCUGCCCUGGCCACCGUGACCGUUCAGGACCAGGAUGCCGGCCAAACUGUCACCUGCACCAUUGUUCAGGAGAGCACUCCAACCUUUGAGCUGCUCGACAUGAAGCUUUACGCCCUGCCCGGCCAGCAACUCGACCAUGAGACCAACCCCUCCAUCGAGCUGACCAUUGGUUGUGCUGAUGACGGCACUCCCAUGAAGUAUGCCACGGCUACCUUCACCAUCACCGUCCUCGACGCCUUUGACAUGCCCGGCCAUUUCACCAUUGAGCAGCCUGAGACCAUCUAUGAGAAUGCGACCAUCGGUACGGUCGUUGGUACCGUCGUGGCCGUUGACCAGGAUCAUGACUCGACCGACUUUGAGCUCUCGGUUGUGUCCGACUAUGUCGAAGCUGCCGGCCCCACCUCAUGCACCAAGGCCGACGCCGCGGCCCCGACCAUCUGCCGCCUGGACAUUCGUUUGACUUCGCUGCUCGACUACGAGGGCACCGAGGUCGCCGGUCGCCAGGCCCUGAGUGUCAUUGCCACGUUGGUGUACAAGGGCGAGACCGUUCAAUCUGAGGGCACCGUCUACCUCGAGUUUGAGGACCUGAACGAGCUGCCCACGGGCGUCAGCUGGCGCACGGGUGGCACCGUUGAGGAGAACCUCGCUUUGGGCGGUGUCAUUGGCACCAUCAGCGCCCAAGACCCUGACCAAGGGCAGACGCACACCUUCAGCCUGGCAUCGCAUCAGGACCGCUUCACGCUCUCCAACGACGCGUCGGGCAUGUAUGCCACCAUUCGCCUUUCCCAGACAGCUGCCUCUCCCCUCAACUACGAUUCAGAGCCCUCCAUUGAGCUCUCCAUUGUGGUUUUGGACAGCGGCAACCCCCCGCGCUCCAUUACCACCUCAAUCACCAUCACGGUUGAGAACCAGCCCGUCACCGUCAUGUUCCAAGGCACCAAUGGUCCCUCGAACUCGUUGACCGUCUCGGAGAGCACGUCCGUCGGUACCGUCGUUGGUAAGUUUGUGCUCCAGGGCAACGACAACCAGGCCGCCACUUACUCGGUGCGGUUUGCCGACAACCGCCGCCGUGCUGCGGAUGCCUUCUCCAUCCAGGGUCUGAACCUGGUGCUGAGCUCGCCUCUUGAUGCCGAGGAGGUACAGACCCAGUCGCUUAACGUUGUUGCCGUCGAGACGAUUGGCUCCGAGGUCAACUACUAUGCGGCGCAACAGCUGACCAUCAACAUCCAGAACGAGGAUGAGGCACCCGUGUUUGGCUCCAGCUCCUACACUGCCACUGUGGACACUACGACAGUCAGCGCCGGUGAUCUGGUUGUUCUAUCGCCGGCUCUUGUGGCUUCGGACCCUGAGGGCGGUGACGUUACCUUUUCCAUGGCUUCCUCCUCGAGCCAGGUGAUGCAAACCUACUUCCAGGUCUCCACCACAAUCCGCGGUACAUUCGAGCUCAGUGUCAUCCAAAACCUGGCCAUGGCCAACAUUGCCUCGGGUGAUUACAACUUGGACGUGCAGGCCGAGGAUGCCACGGGCCACAGCAGCACCCAGCGUGUGGUUGUCACCCUCACCGAUGGCACCACCGAUCCCAGUGGCGCUCAGUCCACGGCUGCCUCCAACAAGAUGGGCUCUGGUGCCGUUGCCGGCAUUGUGAUUGGCCUCCUUGUCCUCCUCGUCCUGAUUGCCUUCCUGGUGCUGGUCGUCCUUCGCAAGCGCCAGAACGACAACGUCUUUGUUGACUCGGAAAAGGGCAAGGGCAGCCACUACGACAACCCUUCAUUCGGCACCACCUAUGCCACUCCCGGCAGUCUGCCCGUGGGCUUUGUGCCUGGCGUCAGCAACCCUCUGUACGAGUGGUACCAGCCCGAGAUGACUCGUCAGGACUGCUCCUCGGAGCUUGCCACCGCCGCUCCCGGCACUUUCUUGGUGCGUGACAGCAAGGCUACUCCCGGAUGGCACAUUCUCGGCGUCAAGACCGAGAACGAUGUGCUGCAUGAGAAGAUUCGCGCCACGGAUGAUGGCAUGUACCAGCUGUUGCCCUCUUCGGGCCCGGCGCACGAGCAGCCUCGCUUUGGCGACCUGCCCUCGCUCAUCAACCACUACGGCUCGCGUCAAUCGGGCAUGCACUAUGCUCUGAACGUCAACAGCGUCAGCAACCCCAUGUAUGCCAUGUCCGCCCAGUCGGACGGCUUGUACGGUGGUGUGGCUCUGCCCAAUGAUCGCUAUGCCCCUGCAGUGCCUCUGAAGGAGGCCCACGUGGCCCAGGUCGAGCAGCUGGCUGCUACGGACGACAUCUACUCCAACACGCGCGAUGCCCAGAACGCGCUUAGCCACGCGUAAAUUUACCGGGGCUUCCUUAGCAUUGUUUGCUCGAAUGUUUGUGUCUGUAUGUGAAUGCAUGUUGUGGGUUUGCAGGCGCCUUGCGCUCAGUGUGUUGAAGCAUCUGGCAGUCCCCUGCCCCCCACGCACCCUUGGGGCUUUGACUUGUACUGGUUCCCGCGUCUUUUCCCAACGAAUUGGCGACCACCUGUGCUGCGACAAAUAAUUUGUCCAACCCUUUCUUUGAUUUGGCCUUGCUUUGGCCUUGACCCUUGCAUUUGAGCUCGUGUCUUCUCAUGCAUAGUCGAUUUGUGGUGUGUGUGUCUGUCUUGACGGGCUAUUCUCUUUUUUGGCCAACUGCUUGAUGAGCAGUACAGACGGGGUGAAGCCCUGCCGUUGAUGACUUUGAAGCCCGCACACGACCGUGCCGUGAUGGAUUUUAUAUGUUUUUCCUUCCCUUUUUUUUGCAUAGUGUUCCCUGGGGACUUGUUCUCUUGUGAUGGUUUCACCAAAAUUGAUGAUCAAAACUC